GUAAAUAAAGUUGGGUUUGAGGUUGGAAAAUGCGUUCUUCGGCUCCUGCUGCAGAGAGGCGCACGGGAUAAACCACUAACCACUACAAUAAGCGAAUAAAUUCAUUACUUUUCGGGUUAAAAUGGCGCUGGAGUUGUUUUUGGACAUGUUUUCGCAGCCUUGUCGCUCAGUUUACAUGUUCGCCAAAAAGAACAAUAUUCCGGUGGAGGUCAGAACGAUUUCACUGAUGAACGGAGAGCAUUUCUCAGAGGAGUUUGGAAAAGUCAAUCCUAUUCGUAAAGUGCCUGCUCUGAAAGAUGGAGAUUUCAGCAUGGGCGAGAGUAUUGCGAUGAUGCAGUACAUGGCAGAGAAGUUCAAAACGCCCGAUCACUGGUAUCCUGCAGAUCUCCAGAAGAGGGCACGGGUGAAUGAGUAUCUUUGCUGGCAGCCAAUGGGCAUCCGACUGCACGGGUCCAAAAUCUUCUGGCUUAAGUUGAUGCUGCCGUCAGUGUUUAAGAUCGAGGUUCCAAAGGAGAAGAUGGAGGGAGCUCUGGAGGAUCUGGACUCUUCUCUAAAGCUCAUUGAAGAUACAUUCAUCCAGGACAGAGCUUUCAUCGCAGGGGAGCAGAUCUCCAUGGCCGACCUAGUGGCUGUCGUUGAAAUCAUGCAGCCCUUUGCAGCAGGCGUAGAUGUGUUCAAAGACCGUCCGAAACUCUUGGCGUGGAAAGAACGUGUGGUGCAGGCUGUGGGGAAAGAGCUUUUUGACGAGGCUCAUGAGAGUAUCCUGAACGCACAAGAGGCUGUCAAACUGAUCGACUCCAGCAAGAUGGAGGCAUUUAGACCUCGAGUGAUCAGACUCAUGCUCUGAGACAAGACAAAGAUCAUGUGCUUCUGAUUCUACCAAAAUCCUUGUGUUAUCUAUUAUAUAAAGGAUGAAGUAAAAAAAAAAGUUUUUAUGCAGAAUAAGACAUGACAUUGAUGACAUGAUUUUAAUUUGAUUGCAGCCCUACUUUGUAAUUAAGCAACUGCUGGUUCACGAUAUUAACUGGUGCUGCUAGAAACUAUAAAAACUAACAAAACUUACAGGGAUAGAGAACAUUGUUAAGCAAUCUUUAAAAACAGUUGCAAUAUUUGAAUUUAAUCAUUAACACGUCUUUGUAAACUUUGAACUAACUGGUCAAAAUCAAGAUUACUGCCAUAUAAAAGUGCUCAGUGUUUUGCUCGUCACUUUGCACAUUUACUAAAAAUCAAAUCUUUUCAUAGAUUUUGGUUUUUGAAAAUAUUUUAAGUGACUCAAGUAUGCACCACUCAAAUAAAACAUCAGUUAAUAAUAUAGACUGUAUCUAUCAAUGGAUAUAGCUAACCUGCUGCCACCGCGUUCCAAAUGGGAAGUGAUUGUGGGCCCACUUCCGGCUCCAUCUACUGGCUCCAAUUCACUUUAUAUUGAAAAAUUAUUACCUCAGCUCUGUAACAGCUGCAGUGACCCUCAUCAUUUUUGUAUUAACCUACUCUACAUGAUCCUGGUACUUUCAUUUUGCUAUUGUCUCCAUAAAUCAAGAUAUGAACAUUAAUAACAGACAAAUCUGGCAUCUUCUUUGCCUAAGGUUGCUAGCAUUAGCAACAAGUUUGAUUGACAGUGUUGCUAAGCAUCUGCUCCCUGCUAAACCAGCGGUGUGGGCUGGAAGGGGUGUUACCUUCAACAGCUUUGCUCUAGAUUGGCUCUUUGAUUGUUAUGAUACUCUUGAUUCCAAAUAUGGAACUGGACUCCAAAUUCACCCUAUAACUGCUCUGGCCUCGAUGAGCUUCAUUUGACUGGAGCCGAACGCUAUGGGUGACAUCACACUCUCUUAGUCCACUUCUUUAUUCACCUCAUUCCAGAGGUUGGGUGUGGCCAUGGCUAUUCAGGUUGUAGUAUUUUGCAUAGGGCUGCUGAUCUUGGAAGCAAAUAAGUUCUAUACGGACUACAGAGCUGUCUUAAAGCCUCCCAGAGAAUCAGUUCUGAUAAAUAUCAUAUAACUCUCAUGUAAGGCUUAUUUUUCCUCUUAUUUGUGUAUUUUUCCAGUAUCAAUACCUGCAAAAAUUACUCUACAAAAACUACAAUAACAACUAGGCUAGAACCACUACACUUUAUAAUAUGGCAUAAAAUGCAUUGAAUGCAGUAUAACUUUUUAUCAUCAGUUUAAAGCAUUUUUGGCAAACAAAUGUUUCAUGAAUUUGAAUAAUCUGCAGUACAGUAACAGACUAGUGAGGAUCAUGUUGUUAUUUGCAUAUUUUGUGAAUCUUUAAACUGACUCUGAAGCGUUGGUGAUUUUCAGAUAGAGUUGUGUUUUGUGUGAACAGAGGAGGGAGUGGUGAAAUGAGGACACAGAGAUACGGCUGUUGUAUAAUGUGGAGGAAUUUGAAACUAACGCCUCCUCUGGGAAGAGCCUGGGUCCAAGACAGACAAAGGCAGGACCAGGACUAAAACUGAACCAGAACUAAGACUGGACCAGGACUGGACCAAGACCUGACCAGGACUGAACCAGGACUAAACCAGAACUAAGACCGGACUAAGCCAACACUGAUCCUGGACCAAGAAUAAACCCAGUAUGUGAAAGUAAUGCCUCCCAUGUGAUUAGCAGCCUGUGUCCAAAACUGAAAAUUUCCUUUACUUAAAGACUGGACCAAGACUAAACUAGGGUUGAACAAGGACUGGUGUAGUAGUCAAUGUGAAAGUAAUGCCUCGUCUGGGAACAGACAGCAGUGACCAGACCCCACAAUGCAAAUGUAUAAUGUCUCAUGGGAUCAGCAGCCUGUGUCCAAAACUAGAACUGUGACAGUAAGAACACCUCUGGACAGACAGUAUAUUAUGGAGCCCGCGUGUGAUAUGCGUGAAAAAAGAUACUACACUGUAGCCUCAAAUUAUAAUUUGGUUCCAUGUAACUUGCAAUUCGCACCGACACUGUAGCCAGUUAAUUCUUACUAACUAAGAAGAAUUCUUAAAGCCUAUGCAAAUCCAGGGCAAAUUACAGUUUCCUUGUAUUUUAAGCCUAAGUUAAAAUAAAAGCUGCCUCAGCGUGUAAGGGAACUUCCAGUUAGUGUUUUUCUUUGCAAAAUGUUUUGUAUAUUCUCUUCAAAUUUUGUAAAUCUGCCUAUCAUCACAUUUUGCAGAUGACAAAGAUUGUCACCUAGAAAAAAAACAAAAACAUUUCAUUUCAAUUUUAAUUUUUCAAAUGAAAUCCAAACUGGACACCUCAACACUUUUAUGGAUGUGUUUAUUUCCAUGCAGUAGGAAUCAUUUAACAUUUGUAUUACCUGUUGUUCCUUAAUGUAAUCCAAAGCCUCAUCAAGUGCUCCUAGAAAACAGUAAUUAAUAUCAUAGUAAUACUAUUAUUACUUUACACAAACAUCUAUUAAGUAGCCUGUACUACUAAAUUGACAACCUGUAAUUGAUUUUAACAUAUGUACAGUUUAAACACAAAUUGUUUUAUCCAACUUUAUCUUCAAUUUUCCACUAGAUGGUGCCAGUCAAAGACAAACUAUGCCUUUCUUUUAGUUUGAAUUAUAGUAUUAAUUGAUUUAGGUUAUGUCAUUGAAUCAAUAAAUUAUUGAUUAUACAUAAAUCAAGCUGUCAUGUAGGAUAAAUUGUUUGUAUCUUCUAAUCUCUGUCAUAAUAUAAAAAAGCAUACCUGGGCGUAAUCAUGUUCCUUGUUUGCAACAUCAUGGUGGCUGGGACGACAAUUGUUCUUUAUCAGACCUUUCAAAGACACACUCCCUCAUAGGUAACCACCUAUCUUUGAAAGCAAAGUUAUUGCACAAGAAAUUACUUUAAACAGCUCCACAUUGAGAUGGCUGAAGAUCUACUGAUAUAAUCCUCUGGAGUGAAGUGCAGCUGAUUCAGCAUAAUAGAUAUAGCAUAGGUUUAACAAUACAUGCCGUGUAGAUAUUACAAUGUACUAUGCAUACAUUUGUACAAAUUGGCUAAAUAGUGGAUAUGAAUUGGCAAAAGCAUGGGCACGAAUUACAUGUUGCCGGAACAAAAUUGUAAUUCUAUGUCACAAUUUAACAUCUUUUUUCACGCUGGUCAUCAGGCAGGCUCUGUAGUCAGGCUCUGUACUUUUGCAUGACACUUUCUAUGGUGGUGAAAAUCCCUGAGAACAGAACUGUAGUGUAACUUCUUGCACAUCUCAGAAUGAAAUGUU